AUGGUGAACAUCUACGAGAAUCUUGAGAGAGGAACAACUGCUGUUUUAGAUUGGAAGCAGCCUAAGACUAUAUCGAAAAUUCGUAGUUUUUUGGGACUGGCUGGGUACUACCGAAGAUUUGUAGAGGGGUUCACCCUGAUUGUCGCACCCUUAACUAAGCUGCUAUGUAAGGAUGUGCCCUUUAAUUGGUCUGAUACGCAGCAAGAUAGCUUUAAGAAGCUUAAGAAAGUUCUAACUGAGGCCCCUGUCUUGAUUCAGCCGGAGUCUGGGAAAGAAUUUACAAUCUACAGUAAUGCAUCACAUGUUGCUUUGGGUUGUGUAUUGAUACAAGAGGGUAAGGUGGUAGCUUAUGCAUCUCACUAG